AAGCUACAGGCCCUACGGCGCGCCGAGGCUCCACGGGGCACAGCACAGCGGCCACGGGGGCCUUCGGCGUGCGGCUGGCGCCCGUGACAUCGGCGCCACUCUGCUCCCGGCCCCAGCUCCCGGCCGCUGCCGACCUCUUUGGCGCGGCCACGUCGCCCGGCAGGAUGGGAGGCGAGGCGGGGUCCGCGGCGGCGGUGGUAGGCUCCGAGGGCCGCGUGAAGAGCCUGGGUCUGGUGUUCGAGGACGAGCGCAAGGGUUGCUAUUCCAGCGGCGAGAGGGUGGCGGGGCAUGUACUGCUGGAGGCAGCCGAGCCAGUGACCCUGCGCGCGCUGCGCUUGGAGGCCCACGGCCGUGCCACCGCCGCCUGGGGCCCGAGCGCCGGCGCAGCGGCCCCGGCAGCAGCCUCCGAGGUUGAGUACUUGAACGUGCGCCUGAGCCUCCGCGAGCCUCCGGCUGGUGAAGGCAUCCUCUUACUGCAGCCUGGAAAACAUGAAUUUCCAUUUAGCUUUCAGCUUCCAUCUGAACCUUUGGUAACCUCAUUCACCGGGAAAUAUGGAAGUAUUCAGUACUGUGUGCGAGCGAUUUUGGAACGACCCAGGGUACCUGAUCAGAGUGUUAAGCGGGAACUCCAGGUCAUAAGUCACAUCGAUGUCAACACACCAGCGUUGUUAACCCCUGUAUUGAAAACUCAAGAGAAAAUGGUUGGCUGUUGGUUUUUCACUUCUGGUCCAGUCUCGUUGAGUGCCAAAAUCGAAAGAAAGGGCUACUGUAAUGGAGAAGCUAUUCCAAUCUAUGCAGAAAUAGAGAAUUGUUCCUCCCGUCUGAUUGUUCCCAAAGCUGCCAUUUUCCAGACCCAGACUUACUUGGCCAGUGGGAAAACAAAGACCGUGCGGCACAUGGUGGCCAAUGUGCGCGGGAACCACAUCGCAUCCGGGAGCACUGACACCUGGAACGGGAAGACCCUCAAGAUCCCACCUGUGACACCGUCCAUCCUGGACUGCUGCAUCAUCCGUGUGGACUACUCCUUAGCUGUGUAUAUUCACAUUCCUGGUGCUAAAAAAUUGAUGCUUGAACUGCCCUUAGUGAUUGGCACGGUUCCAUAUAAUGGUUUUGGCAGCAGAAACUCCAGCAUUGCCAGCCAGUUCAUUAUGGAUAUGAGCUGGUUGACACUGACUCUGCCAGAACAGCCUGAAGCUCCACCAAAUUAUGCAGACGUGGUGUCAGAGGAAGAAUUCUCUAGACAUGUUCCUCCUUACCCUCAACCCCCUAACUGCGAGGGGGACUCAUGCUGCCCUAUGUUUGCCUGCAUUCAGGAAUUCCGGUUUCAGCCUCCACCUCUUUAUUCAGAGGUUGAUCCACAUCCUAGUGACAUAGAAGAAACCCCGCCUGUUUCCUUCAUCCUCUGAACAUAGUUCAGAAAUCACUGUGUUCCUCAUCAAAUCAGAACAUUGGUUCUUUCCCCCUCCCUGCCUUUUUGGGGAAGAAGGAAGAUUAGCUUCAGAACAUAAAUGAACAUCAAAACUGAAGGUGAUGGAAAUUAGAGAAUGCGUGAACUUUCCAGUGGGCCAACAGGAUUGUUGCACAAGUUUGUGGUGUGGUCUUGUUUUUCCCUUUGAACAAAGGGAUGAAGAUCUAGAAAGUCACAGAAUGUAAUGGUGGAAGUCCUGGUGGGAUAGAGUAAGUGGAGGGGUGCCUGUGCUGACCCGAGAAGGGUGGCUACGAAUAGUGGUGACACUGUGCGAGCAUAUCUUCAUAAAAGUUUCUCGAAGUGGAAUGGAAGUAUCCUAAGCUUUAAGGCAGUAUGAACUUGUGGGGAGGAGACUUGAUGUUGGAGAAUGUAGCAGCACAAGGGUGUAUGUGAAUCGGACAGUGGCCCACUCUCCAUAUGAAGUGAGACCUCUGGCAUCAGGGUCUUUAUGAUUUCUUAUCUUAUUCUGUAGGACUGAAGUCCUUAAAAGAGUCCUUUACUAAUAAGAUCAUGGUCUUAUCAGGUCCUAUUGAAGUGAUACAGUUUUCACUCUUUUAAUGGUAGUUUAAAAUAUUGUUUAUAAAUUGGCUAUACAGUAUUAUGAAGCCAAGAAAGAGUUUCCUUGAAAGACUUGUCAGUUGAAAGGGAAAGAUGAAUUUCGGUAUGAAAGCAUACUUUGUUGAAGGUUGCACUUUUUACUCCCUUUAAGUACUUUACCAGGGUACAUGUUUGAUUUUCCUUAUGUCUUAUUUACCUAGGAGAAUAUUAGAAAAGAAGGAUUUUAGAAAAAAUAGCUUACAUCCUUAGGAUGACUUGAUAACUGCACAGGGGAAGGAAAAAAAAAAAAUAAAGAGGCCUUUUCUUACCUACCUCUAGUGGGGUUAUCAGAUCAGAUACGUUUUAAAACCCCAGGCCUGAGAAGUUCUCUUUGGAGCUCCUGCUAAUUUGCAGCAGCAGUCUCAUCUUUCCUCUCCCUGGACCCAAAACUGGACCAAGGGCGAAAUGUACAAGGUUGGCAUUCAGUGAAAGUUAGUAUAGUAUACCAAAGUGUCUUUCAAAAUAAAUCCAAAAUCAAGAAGGUAGAAAUUCCGUUUUUUUUUUUAAGUCAUAAACUUAAUUUCUGUUAAGACACAUGAGUCCAUUGAUGAGCAGUCAAUGUGUUGUACAUUGUUAUUCCAGUUCUUUAGUAAUUCUGUUUAAACUGUGAUUUUCUUUAUUGUUUUGGUGCAAUAUUUUAUUAUCAUUUAACCUCAGGAUAUUCAGACCAACAAGAUUGUGUUGCUGCUAAAAGUCUGAGCAGUGUUUUUACCAUCCCUCUCUCCCCUAGUCAAGGCCACAUGUUCACUUGUUUUUCCUUAAAUUUGUUGGUUUUGUGAGCUGAGCGCAUUUCUAGACACUAAGUGGAAGGGAGGUAGAGAAUCCCGCAAGAGUGAUUUGGGCCCGAUUUUGGACCAGCCCAGUGUUUUGAUUUUUUCCAUGUCCUAAGGGUUUGAUCUAGAAACCCUGGUGCUUCCCAUGCGGAAUACUGUGCUUCAUUCGACCAGUUAGCUUUUCUUUGGGUCAGUAUAUUCAGUUAGAAAUAGAAAAGUUCUAAGGUUAAAUUUAUAUUUAAAAAUUAGUUGGCCAUUCAAUCAGGGAUUUUUAUACAAACGUUAGAUAAAUGUAUGCUUUUCACCCUUCUGGACAUACCUCCCUCCCCUGUUAUCAUGUAAGGAUCAUAAGCAGUUCUUUUCACGGUAACCACUGUUGAAAAUCACAGUGCAAACCGUUUUACCAAUAAUUGUGGUACUGAAAUUGUCACAAAACUUUAUUCCCUGCUUUGGUUUUUAGUGAUAUUUUUAUUUUGUUUAGUUUUUAGCUGUGUGUAUUUAAGUGCUGUUAAAAUACUUUUUUGGCUUUUUUUUAAAAAACUUUAAAAAAUCAUCAUCAGCUAUUUCUCGACUAAUAGGUUGUAGUUUACAUGUUUUGUCAAGACAUUGUUCCGUUCCAUAAUACCAAAACAAGGUGAAAGAAGCAAAACAAAACAGUGUGGAGGAAGAGAAAGUUUAAUUAUCUGGCUCCGUGGAGAAAAGCAACUGCCUAAUGGAAUCCUUCACUAGGAUUGUUUUGUCCCUUUUAUUAAAGGAAUCAUUAAGUGUGCCCACCAAAUUGAAGCUGAUUUUGUAGCACUUAAGAGAUAGCUAAAAGGUAUGAUUUGCCUUAUUGAAUUGAUAUUGGUAUAUCUGACCUUAAGCAGUAGGUUGAUGAAACUGCCUACCUUUUUAUAAUCAAGAAAUUUAGUGAAUGUAGAGGAUGUGACAGUGGAACAGAGAAUAAUUGGGAAUGAGGGUAAAAAUUUAGCUGCUGUUAUUUGCUUGUUUAUUCUCCUCUUGUUUAGUUCACAAAGAAACCGUGGCCUUAGAAUUUUCUUUUUGAUGCAAAAAUUUUGAAAUUGAGAAUGUGCAUCUUUUGGCACACAAAAUCCUUCCAUGGGCAGAACUUUCAUGUUUUUGUUUUGCACAAUAAGAAACUCAAUAGGCAGGGGUUAUGUUUUUGAUAAGUUAACUAUGAAAGCUUUUUAUUUUUAUUAUAAAAUGUAACAAUUUAACCCACAGGAAAAAAAAAUAAAGAUUGUAUUUUGUACUCUUGUCUGAACCCCAUGGGUUCUUUUUGUUAAUAAAAUGAUUACACUGAU